GAAAAAAGGACUUAAAACACCACCACCACCUGCACAGGUGGACACUGGAGGGAGGGGUGAUGGGGGAGAGGAAAAAGUAGAGAAAGUCAGAGCGAUGGUGAAAUAGAGUCCCACUCAGGUGGAGGUCAGCGUAGACUGUGUUGACAGCAUAAAGCUGAAGGAGAUGCCGCCAACCACUUAAAGACGAUGGAUUAUAACCCUUGGAAAACCAGAUUAAUGAGAAAAAUGUGAGGACAUUGUGUUUUUGAGCAUCCUGGAAAGAGGUGGAGAUGGUGACGACUGGGUCAGGGAUGGCCACUCUCACAUUUAUAAGUAUCCUGCUUUGUGUUGCUUUACUCGGAGAAGGAGCGAGGACAGGUGAGUGCACUGAAACAACUUAGCUAAAUAAAAUAUUACUUUAUUGCUUCAAUAUUUCAAUGACGGCUCCCAUUUCUAUCCUGUUUUAGGUCGAGAUAAUGUGGACCGAGGAGAUGCCAUGCUAAAGGAGAUCAUUGCAAAACUCAGUCAAGGAAAUGGUCCAAACAGAUCUCCUCUGAAUAAGGACUCAAGCCCCAACAGAGGCCAGUCCAUGCCAACCUGGAUGAGGAACAUAAUGGGAGGUCUAAAAACACUUUUCCCCAGCAAGAACAGGCCAUCAUUAAACAAGCCAAUUGACCGGCACCGUCUCUCUGGGUUCCUCUACAACAUCUCUCUGUACCUCCAGGAGAUGGGGGCAGAGCUGGAGGAGGCUCCUGGGGAAGAAGAUGAGGCCCAGUUGUGGGAGAAGGUGUUGCAUUUUUUCCUGCAGUCUGAAGGAAGUGCUGCACUGAACCAGUGGAAUGGGAGAGUUCCUCCUCGGCCCAGCAUCCGACUACAGGACUGGUUUUUGUCCCUGAGGGGAAGCCCGCACUGGGACUGGUUGCUGGGGCUGCUGCAAAGCGUCAUCACUUUAUCAGAGCAUCUACCUCAGAAGUCCGUCUUGACUUUCUUGUCUCAGAACUGGAGAACCGUGAGCGCUGUGUUGGAAACUGUGCUCCAGGCUCUAGUCAGUGGGACUUAUGGUCAGGCCAGCGCCGGCCUCCAGGGCUUUAUUUGCGCUUUAAAGGGCCAAAAUGAUUGUGAAUUCCGUGUGAGCUGGCUUCAGGAGCUGCUGCAAUUCCUGGAGACACGCAACUGGAAACCCGUGGUCAGCUUACACCCUGCAAGGGAAGCUUCUGGAAAGGGCUUAAGUGCGAUCGGUCGCUUUAGGCCCUUCAGCUUGCCUCCUGAAGCCCUAAGGCAGGAUCUGCUGUCUGGAAACGCAUCUGUGGAUGAAAUGAUGGUCACCGAGGAUGAAGCAGACUUCAUGCAGAGCUUCCUACUGCAGGUUUUGUCUCGUUCCAGCGGAGCUGGAGGAGAGCGUCAUCUGGCAAAGAGAAACCUGGCUCUUGUGAGGAGUUUGGACGGGCUGCGGCGGGGCCUUCUGCACAGGGUGGGGAGCUCCGUCUAUAGUAACCUGAGAAAGAAAGUCUCACAAGUUACCAUGGUGCUCCUUGAUGAUGUCAGCAGCUUGGUGGAUGGAAAACAGCAGAACACACAUGGAAGGUGCUCUGUUGGUGACCUGAGACAUUUGAUCUUAUGGGGCAUAAGGCACAACGUGAUGUGGAACACUCAGGCUCUGGGCGUCACCUCUCAGGGUCCUCCAGGCUCACUCCCAUUUCUAUCCUGCCCUUCUACCACCGAAGAGGAGCAUCAAUCACAGCAGACAGAAGCCCAGCCGCCCACGCAUGCUGCUUCUUUCCAGCAAUCCAAACGCCUUCUUAAGCUUCCCGCUGCAGCUCGCACCAAGUUCAGAGACGGCAGCAUUAAGCAGACAGAGAUGGAGCACUCGGCCUCAGCAGAGAUCCUGGAGGCGGCGUGUAAUGAAUCCAUUCCAGGCCUAACCGGAGUCUCAAACUUCACUGUGUUCCUCUACUGCAAACUGUUUGAAGGUGAGAACGGGUCGGUUGACCCUGACAUGGCUCAUAUGGGGCUUGACCUGCACGCUGCGUGCACCAAUGCAGCUUGGUACCUGUCUGCUGCUGAGGAGGACUUCUUUUGGGUCCAUGUCUGCAGUGAGUUCUUUGCUUAUGAAUUCAACAACACAGUCUGUGCCAACUCCUCGUUCUGGCUGCAGAGAGCACAUCAGGCUGCAUUGUCAAAGGAAUAUCCUUUUUUGAACCAAACUAGCAUAGCUGAAUUGUGUGUGCAGCUUUCUAGUGACACAGCAGUGAGUUCAGGUCUUACUGAGAACUGUCUCGAUCAGUUGGGCUCCAGUCCGCUCAGUGCAGACAUUUUCAGGCACUGCUUCCUGCCGAACAGCUCGGUCCUGAUCUCCUCUCUGUGCCGCAAAGAGUACUUUGAUUCCCAGCAGCUGCAGGACAGCUGGGCGGCAGCCUACUGCUCCAAGAUGAACAACUUCUCCCACCAUGACUCCAUUGUGGAGACUUGUCAGUACAGGAAGUGGACAGUCCAUCAUUUCCUCAACUCUACACUUCAGGAGCUGUGUGCAAACAAGGAAGGACUGAAAGAGUACAUUUGUCUGAAUGCCACGUUAUACCAGGAGCUGUUAAAGUUAAAGUUUCAGUUUGCAGAUUUCUGUGCAGAUUUGCACACAGAGCAGGAGAACAAAAAAUGCUUUCUGCAAAGGGUUUUCGACAUGCUCCCAGCGCCGUAUGACUUUGACACGUCACAACUCUGUGUGGAUCCAGCCCCGCUGCUGACAAACCUUCUACACAAACUGAGCGUGUGUGAAGUGGAGGGAGGAGAGCAGCAAAGCUUUUUAGUGGUUCUGGGAUACGUGCUGCGCAUGCUGGACUUCAUGGUGGGGCUUUCUUCAGGGCUGGACGAAGGGGAAAGAGAAGCAAGACAAGGUCUCGGCCAGGCCAUCCUCCUAUCUAGCCUGCUCGAGAACUCAUCCUGGGCCUCCCUGCAGCCUGAAGCCUCCAUGAGUGUCCUUCACACUGUGGGAGUCUUCCUGCGCAGAGAGCAGAACGCCACUCUGAAAGAAGACCUGCUGAGCUGCUUCAGUCCAGUUCUCUGGGACCUCAUUCAGCGGGACGACAACUCCUCUGCUCUCAAGGUUCUGCUGCAGGAGUACCUGCAGAUGCCACGAGACAGCAUUCGAACUCUGGUGAUGUCUGCUGAGAAAGACGCUGUAAAGAGAUUCAUCUCCCAUAUGCAUCAAAGCUGGGAUCAGCUGCAAGUUGAAACCAGCCAGGCCUCUCAACAAGAGCUACAGGCUAUGGAAACUAUGACAGCUGCAUUUAUUCAUAAGUUCCCCAGAGUGACCCCAGAGCUGUUCGUGGACCUUUCUCACUUCAUACCAUUCAUGUCAGUCUCAGACAUAAUGAGUUUCCCAGCCUCCCUUAUUGUCAAUGACAGCGUGUUGACAGCUAUUCGAGACCACAGCUCAGAGAUGAAGCUGCCUCAGAAAAAGGCCUUCAUGAAACGACUGCUGCAGUCUCAAGCGGUGGGAGACGUCCCUACAUGGCCACCGUACUUUCUUAGCUCCAUUCUCCCACUUCUGCCGUAUCUUCCUGUCAACCAUUUUCAGCAGCUGACACCACAGCAGCUCAGUCCUGUGGUGGAGUUGCUAGGCAACAGCAGUCUGGAUAGUGUGAGGGGGCGCCAUGUGCUUCGGACCCUUUUCAGCAAGAGGAAGAAUCUGACUGGUGAUGACAUAGCGAGAUUAGGAGUUCUUGCAUGCUACCUGGAUCCAGCAGACCUGGGUCCAUAUCUCCAGGACUCAGAGGUGUCUUUUGCCCUGUGGCAGCAGCUUUCACUGUGCAUGUCCAAAGGGCUCAUCAGUGCCAGUGGCAGGCUAUCAUCUUGGUUGAUACCAGCAGUUCAGACUCUGAACGUCAGCGCCAUGGCUUCUCCACAGCUGUCUGCUCUCAGCGGUUUGCUGCCCCAUUUAGGAGCUCCCUUCCUGCUGUCUCUUCCCACUCAGCAACUCUUGGAAGUCCUGUCAAAACCAGGCUUGCACAAAUACUUACCAGCUCAGGCAUUUCAAAUCUUAUCCAAAAUUUCAAAGGAGACAAAUCUCACAAUGGAAGAAGUGUGCAGCCUGAAGCCUCUACACCCAGGCCUCUCCCCUGCUGUGUUCAGAGACCUCCACUGGUCUGAGAUCAGUGAAGCUGCGACCUGUUCGUGCUGGAGGCUGCUGCUAACAGAUCUGAAACCUGGACAAAGAGCUAUGCUCUACAGUGCAAUGCAGGAGGCUCUACACAGAGACUGGAAUAACAUCACACAGCAGGUACCCUGCUUGCUUCCUUUCACCCCUCUGAGAAAGCUGAUGCAGACCACGAGUGGUGAGAGCAUCUGGAAAAGCAUCAACGCCUACAGAGACACUCCAUGGUCCCUGCAGCAGUUUCAGUUUUUGUUUCGUAAAGUCCACGAAUUCAAAAAUCUUACCAUCAAGUCACUGAGGGAUCUGGGUCAGAUUGCCGGUGGAAUGAGUUGUAGUCUCUUGAGGCUUUGGAAGAAUGACACGGAUCUCUCAGAGCUCCUUCAGUUUGUAAGUGAACUGCCUGGAGGCAUGAGGCUUGCUCUGAGAAAAUGCAUAGUAGAAGAGCUGAGGAAACAACCUGUCAUUGACCUCAAUGAUUUGAGUGCUGGUUUCGCUGCGACACUACCAGUAACGAUGAUGGAAGACCUCUCCAACGCAUCUGUCAGAGCCAUUCUGGACUACAUUAAGACAAACUUUAUAGAUUUCUUGAAACUGCCACACUAUAAACAAACAUAUUUAGCUGAGAGAGCCAUAACUGAGCUGGGCUCUUCUCUGGCAGAGCCACAAAUAAGUGGUCCCAUUUUGGACAUCUUGGGGCCUUUGUUGCCUUUCUUGGACAGAGACAGCCUGGCUCUGGUGGAUCGAGGAGCACUGGCUCUGCGGCUGGAGGAGAUGAGAAGCUUCUGCUUUCCUAAGGAGACUCUGAGAGAUAUUAGCAACAUGCUAACUCAGAAAGACUUAUUUGGUGAUCCAUCCAAAUGGCACGUUGGUGAUGUGGAACAUUUGGGCAGGUUAAUGUUUGCUCUCUCAACAAAGCAGAUUAACUCCAUUCCAAAGACUGUACUGAAUAAGGACAUAGUGGAGCAGAUCCUGGUGGGUCAGAAGAGUUGGAAGGAGAGCGAGGUUGGCAGAGUUUGUGUUGUCCAGUGUGUGGACCAGCAUCACUACAGGCAACAGACUCAGAGCCUCAUUCAGUGGAUCGUCAAAGCGCGGAAUCGUCAAGCAAAAAUGCCAACUCCAAGCUGUGCAGACAUCAGAGGGACGUUUCCUUCUGCUUGGACAUCUACUCAGCUCAGCCGGAUGUCAGAGGAGGAGCUCAGCGAAUGUGUGGAAGUCUUUGGUCAGGAUUCAUCCCUGAGCUCAGUGCAGCGGCGGUCACUGUGGAUCAGACUGAGGCGGCUCUUCAGCCCUGUGAGGGAGCUGAGGACGGAUCAGGUGCUGGCGCUGGGCUCAUUGGUGACAGAGAUGGGGGACAGAGAGCUGCAGGACAGCGGCCUCACUGACAUGACUGUACUGACACAUCUUGGCACACUGACAGACUGGAAUCCUCGAAAGAUGAGAGCGGUGGUUUUAAGUGUGAUGCGAAAACGAAGGCUGAAAGUGGAGCAGUUAACAGACGUCGAUCUAGCAACAUUUGGCCAUCUGAUCUGUGGUCUUUACCCCUCAGAGAUGAAAAGACUCAGCUCCUACAACCUCAGUGUGGCUGUUAUGUUCUUGCGGGAGAUGUCCCUGCCAUGCACGGAGCAGCAGUUGGAGGCGCUGACGAGCUGUUUGUCCAGACCAGAGGCCUUUGGUCCAAUCAGUGCUUGGGGACCUGAGAUAUUCACUGAAAUUGGGACAUUGGCAGCGGGAUUGCCUGAUAUUGUGCUGUCAGCCCUCCUUCAGGAACAAGUGGAGGGAAUCACCCCUGAAGCUAUUGCUUUGAUGUCUCCCAAAAAGAUGGCAGUGGUGUUCAGCGCCGUCCAGUUGUCGUGGCUGAGUGUGGAGCAGGCGUGGGCUGUCACACAGGAACAGUGGGCGGAGCUGGACACUGAACAGAGACACGCUCUCACACUUGCACGCUACGAGGGCGAUGUCUUACUUGAGCUCCGAGGGAGAAACCUGGCUCCUGGACCCCUGAACACUUUACACUCACUGGCUCUGUGCUUUUUGUUACGGCAACUUGUUUAAAAUGCUGGAAAAUGGUGUGACUUCUCUUGAUAUGUUAUUUGUACUUAAAAUAAAUAUUUUGAACUCUU